AUGAAUAAUGAGGAGCCGUUAAUUUACUGGUUAAACGACAAUCUCAACAAGUCUGAAGAAUUCAAUGUGCUGACAGGCGAGCGACAUUACAAGAUUCAGAACUUUACACCAUUUACAGAGUACAAGUUGAAGUUUACUUUAAGUAAUUUUUACUUUCAUCAAUUAUCAAUAAAUCCGUUCGAUUCGAACGUGAUACAAAUAAAAACUAAUUUGGGUAAGCUUAAUGCACCAGAAAACAUAAGUGUUUUAGCUUUGACGCCUACUAUAGUAGUAGUUCAUUGGAUGCCACCCAAGAAAUUGAACUGCGUGGUUGUAUAUGAAGUGCAUUGGAAGUUAGUGAAUGACACGCAACAAGAGAAUAAACAAUUUAUCUAUGUGCCGAAACGUGUGGCAGAUGGCAGAUUUUUCACAAAGAUUAACUUGUCGCUACCAGUACAAGAUUACUUGAUAUAUGUGCGUGUGUAUCCAAGUAAUUUCAGCGAUUUCUACAACGAGAGUUUAAGCAAGAUCGAUCACAUAUACUCAGAACCAAACAAUAUUACUAUGAGCGAGGCCAACACAAAUAGCAUGAACAUUUCAUGGAUCUCAAACGUCAAUCUGACGAUCUCUUCAGCACUAGAGUAUAAAAACAUUUCAACAAAAAAGUGGCAAACAACGAAUGAUAUUAGAACGAAUUAUAACGAAGAAGUAAUAUACCAUAUCAAAAAUUUACAAUCGGGGACUUCAUACCAGUUUCGCUUGAUAUUGAGAUAUCUCGAAUAUGAGGAAAAUUUUACAUGGCCAGCUGAUGAAAGAUUUAAUUUUUCAACAGGUGAUAGCAAACGUGGUGUAUCAAGGAAAAGUGAAAAACUUAGAAAGUUCGGGCACAGAGAUAUUCGUUGCAAUAAAAACGCUUCGGAAAGAUGCUUCUUCCCAUGAGAAAAAGAGAUUGUUAAAGGAAGCCGAGCUUAUGAAUCGUUUUCGACACAAACAUAUAUUAAGAUUGUUGGCGUUUGUUUAGAUGGGAUUUCUCCGUUUCUAGUGUUCGAAUUAAUGGAAACUGGUGAUUUGUCAAAAUAUUUGAGAGAUUGUCGAAAUUUGGAAGCGUCAGAUUCGCACGCUCUGCGUUUGCAGGAUUUGUUCGCCAUGUACGAAGAUGUUGCGUGAGGUUAUUGCUACUUGGAAGAAUUGCGUUUCGUACAUAAAGAUCUAGCGUGUCGCAAUUGUUUAGUAUCUUCGAGAAAUCGCGAGAAUCGUAUUAAAUUGGAGAUUUUGGAUUAGUUAGAGAUAUCUACAAGGAUGAUUAUUAUCGCAUG